UACCAUGACUACUUUUAACACUUUGGUUAUAACAGGUGUUGCACAAUUAAGUAUUUUCGAGGCGUGUUUUGUUUCAAGUGAGGUGUGAUGGCUGGUCGUGAAAGUGUUCCUGUUAGGUGUUACGGAAGUGAUUCCUCAGAUUCUGAAGAUGAUUGUGAUUGGAAGGAAUGUGAUGUCAAAGAGGAUGAAACAGAACACCCAGAAUGUUUAUUCUGUCCUCAAGUGUAUGGAUCAAUGUCUGAAGUUAUAUCUCAUUGUGCUGUAGAUCAUAGUUUUGAUUUGGUGAAGCUGAAAAAGAGUUUUAAUAUGGACUGUUAUGGUUAUAUAAAACUUGUGAAUUACAUUCGCACACAUCAUCCGGAUGCCUCCCUAGUGAUGAGUGCAAUAGAACCAAUAUGGGAAAAUGAAGAGUACCUGAAACCUGUGAAAUCUGAUGAUCCAUGGCUAAUGUAUGAUUUUGAGGACAUUGAAUUGCCUUCUUCAGUAACAGUUCCUGAAAUUUCCAGUAGUACUAAUUUUAAUGUAACUGCAGAGGAUGGACUUGUUACCCUGUCAGAGCAGCAUUUUGCAGAGUUGCAACGGAUGAUUCAACACCUAACAUUACAAAUAAGGGAGAAGGAUUCUGAAUUGAAAACAAUGACGGAAAACGUAGAAAAAAUGCGCCAUAUAACUCAAGAACUAGUGGCAGAUGGAAGAAAUGAGGCAGACUCAGCUUCACCUGCUCACUGUAUCAAGGCCAUUAAGAUGGAAUGUGAUGAGGGAUACUUUAACACAUACUCUCACUUUGGCAUUCAUCAUGAGAUGUUGUCUGACCAUGUUCGAACAUCAAGCUAUAGAGAUGCCCUUCUUCACAACACUGCACUCUGGAAGGACAAAACAGUUUUGGAUCUAGGCUGUGGGACCGGAAUUCUGUCAAUGUUUGCAGCUUCAGCCGGUGCUCAGAAAGUAAUAGCCAUUGAUCAGUCAGAUAUCAUUUACCAUGCUAUGGACAUAGCCAGGGAAAAUAAACUGUCAGACAAGAUCCAGUUACUUAAAGGUCGCAUAGAAGACACAGAGCUUCCACAAAAGUGUGUAGAUAUCAUUGUGUCAGAGUGGAUGGGCUACUUCCUCCUCUUUGAGGGAAUGUUGGACAGUGUUAUAUAUGCACGAGACCAUCAUUUGACUGAAGGAGGGCUGCUUCUUCCAAACAGAUGUUCCAUCAGCAUGAUUGGACUGGCAGACACAGAUCGCCAUGCUGAACUGGUUGAAUUCUGGACCGAUGUUUAUGGAUAUCGUAUGACUUGCCUUAAGCAUGAAGUGGUUCAAGAAGCAACAAUAGAAGUGGUGCCUGCAAACAAAGUUAUUACUUCAACCUGUGUAUUGACGGAACUGGAUCUCAGUACUUGUUCUACAAGUAGCCUUGAUUUUUCAUCUGAACUGAAACUCGAAGCUAUAACAGAUGGGUCAAUUACAGCAUUUGUAGGCUAUUUUGAUGUGUUUUUUGAUCUUCCCCGUCCAGUUUCAUUCUCUACAGGUCCACAUGCAACACCAACACACUGGAAACAAACUGUGUUUCUCCUAGAGGAGCCCAUUAUUGUCCAGCAAGGAGAUGUGUUGACUGGUACAGUGACUUGCCAACGUGCUAGGAGAGAUGUUCGUGCCCUAAGUGUGACAAUCUCAGUUCCUGGAAGGAAACUGAAAUUUAAUCUCACCUAGUGAUGACUGACACUUUCUUGCAUACUUAUUGCUUUAAUACUGAGAUCAGUAAAUGUUUCAAGUGUUCACAAUAUUAUUGUGCUCUACAGGUAAAGUGUAUACAUAUAAUAAACCAGUUGAAAAACUGAUAAUUUGUGAAAUAAAGAUUGAAUAUGCAGUC